UGAGCGAGAGGGAGGGGAGGGAGGGAGCUCUCGGAGCGUGCGCCGAGUCUAUUCCGCCUCCUCGUUCGCGUCGGAGCUGCACGCAGGGGUCUCCUGCUGACAGCCACCGUCAGGAGUGCCAGCAUCGGGCGAAUCCUCACACCGCUUCGCCGAGUUGCACGCCGCAGACGCAUCGCACGCAGACACGUGCGCUAACGCUCGCAGCACUUUACGUGGGCACGUCAGUCGGUUGCGCGUGUAAGCAGACUCACUUGUUUGCACGUGUCCACACCGUACGAAGGAGAGGCAACAUACCCCCCCCCACCCCCCCUUAUAGCCUUCUAGCAGGCUGUUGUGGCAAGUGGUGUUAGCAAGCACAUACACACACGUGUUUGCAUGUACACAGGCGCGUGUAGUUAAAACAUUCACAUACGUGGAUAUACAGUAAAGACAAUUAGACAUUCACAUAAAGAUUAAAACGCACACUUUUGCAAAUAUAUACUUGCCAUCUUACAUAUGUAGUUAUAUGUACAAAAGAUCAGCAUGCAUGUAGAUGCACGUACGUAACGUCCACAUGCAGAGACAAUCACACACAUACACGUGCAGACACACAUUCGGCUAUUGUAGUAGUUUUCAUUUUUACAGUUUAUCAUAUGUAGUACAGCAAUUAUUUUAUUGUGCCUGAUUACCCAGGGAUAGCCUUAUACUACUAAUGUUAUGCAGAUACCAAAUGAUAUUAAAUAUAUUGCUUGCUGUAUAUAGAUAUAUUUUUGUAUUAAUAAUAUAUACUCAUAACUAGUAGCAAUUACAUACACCUAAUAAGAUUUAAUUUGAGUAUUCAAAGAGCAAACCUUUACAAAAAAAACCCCAGCUCACAAUAUCAACUUCCACGAUAAUGCAAGCGUGUGACGACCAUCAUCAGCAUCAACAUCGGCACCACCAUCAUCAUCAUCAUGACCAACAGGCGGUGGCCUCCGUGGUCAGAUCAGACUCAAGUCCUCUCUGCGGCCACUCGGAUCAAAGGGACCAGAACCGACCCAGAGCCGGAUCAAGUCCAGCAGGGCUGGGGCCAGGUCCAGGGUUGUCUCCACAGGGGUCCCUGCAGUCGAUGCAGCUCGAUUCUCCAGCACCUCUACCGGCCUUCGGGAUCUCCUUCCAGCUGCAGAUCGGAUUGUCACGAGAGGCCGUGACGCUCGACGCGAAUGGGAUGUCUCUGGCGGCCAUCAGGGAGCUCGCGUGCUCAAUCGUGGAUCAGAAGUUCCCCGAGUGCGGCUUCUACGGCAUGUACGACAAGAUCCUUCUCUUCCGCCACGACCCGCAUUCGGACAACGUUCUGCAGCUGCUGGCAACGGCCGAUGGCAUCCAAGCCGGAGACCUCGUCGAAGUGGUGCUCUCAGCGUCGGCGACAUUCGAGGAUUUCCAGAUCCGUCCACACGCGCUCUUCGUGCACUCGUACAAGUCCCCCGCGUUCUGCGACUACUGCGGGGAGAUGCUCUGGGGCCUCGUGCGGCAGGGGCUCAAGUGCGAAGGCUGUGGCCUCGACUACCACAAGCGCUGCGCCUUCAGGAUCCCCAACAACUGCUCUGGCGUGCGGAAGCGGCGGCUGUCGACCGUGUCCGUCAGCAAUCCCGAGGAGCUGGUGCCGAGGAGCCCCACAGAAGCGGAGUUCCCUCCGUUCAAGCGCGUUCCGGGAGGGCCGGGCAAGGUGAAGGUGCCGCACACUUUCGUGGUGCAGUCGUACAAGCGGCCCACGUCCUGCCAGCACUGCAAGCGGCUGCUUCGCGGACUCUUCCGCCAGGGCCUGCAGUGCAAAGACUGCAAGUUUAACUGCCACAAGCGAUGCUCAACAAAGGUUCCAAAGAACUGCCUGGGAGAGGUCCCCCUCUGUGAUGAGCCUCCAAGCCCCGCGAGCGACGCGGACGCCGCCAUGGAGGAGCUGGGCUACGAGAGCGAGGGCGAGCAGACGCACGGCUCCCCGGUGGACGACUUCGAGGAGCGGCCAUUGUCGCUCGAGGAGAGGUCGCAGAAGACGGAGCGAGGCUUGGACGCGGAACGGAGCCGAGCCAUCAGCCCCUCGCCCAGCAACAACAUCCCGCUGAUGCGGGUGGUGCAGUCCGUUAAGCACGCCAAGCGCCGGGGGAGCAGCGUGCUCAAGGAGGGCUGGAUGGUCCACUUCACCAGCAAGGACACCCUGCGCAAACGCCACUUCUGGAGGCUCGAUAGCAAGUGCAUCACCCUCUUCCAGUCGGACACCGGGAGCAAGUAUUACAAGGAGAUCCCCCUGUCGGAGAUCCUGGCGGUAGAGCCCCGUCAGUCCCAGGCCCAGGACGCCCCCGCUUCUGACUGCGGCCCGCACUGCUUCGAGCUGGUCACGGCGCACGUGACGUACCACGUGGGGGAGGCCGUGGACGGUGGCGCGGUGACGCUUAUGCCUCUGGAUCUCUCCGGCACGGGCGGCGGUGGCUUUGGUGGCGGUGGCAGCGGCGGUGGGAGCAGCGCGGAGGUGGCGCGGGAGUGGGAGCUCGCCAUCAGGCAGGCGCUGAUGCCUGUCACCCUGCAGGGCUCCGUCAACUCGGGCUCCGGACAGAACCAGCACAAAGAAGUUUCUGUCAGUAUUUCCUGCUGCCAAGUCCAGGAAAAUGUGGACAUCAGCACGGUCUACCAAAUAUUCCCAGACGAGGUGCUGGGCUCGGGCCAAUUUGGAAUCGUCUUCGGGGGGAAGCACAGGCAGACGGGGCGUGACGCGGCAAUAAAAGUGAUCGAUAAGCAGAAGUUUCCCACCAAGCAGGAAAGCCAGCUCCGCAACGAGGUCUCCAUCCUUCAGAACCUGCACCACCCGGGGGUGGUGAACCUGGACUGCAUGUUCGAGACGCCCGAGCGCGUGUUCGUGGUCAUGGAGAAGCUCCACGGGGACAUGCUCGAGAUGAUCCUGUCCUCCGAGCGCGGCCGCCUGCCCGAGCACAUCACCAAGUUCCUCAUCACGCAGAUCCUCAUCGCGCUGCGUCACCUGCACUUCAAGAACAUCGUCCACUGCGACCUCAAGCCCGAGAACGUUCUGCUCGCUUCCCCGGAGCCCCUUCCCCAGGUGAAGCUGUGCGACUUCGGCUUCGCGAGGAUCAUCGGCGAGAAGUCGUUCCGCCGCUCGGUGGUGGGCACGCCGGCCUACCUGGCGCCCGAGGUCCUUCGCAGCAAACAGGGCUACAACCGCUCGCUCGACAUGUGGUCGGUGGGCGUCAUCGUCUACGUGAGCCUCAGCGGCACCUUCCCCUUCAACGAGGACGAGGACAUCAACGAGCAGAUCCAGAACGCCGCCUUCAUGUACCCGCCGCACCCUUGGCGCGAGAUAUCGCCCCACGCCAUCGACUUAAUUGGUAACCUGCUUCAGGUGAAGAUGAGGCAGCGGUUCAGUGUGGACAAGUCGCUGAGUCACCCGUGGUUACAGCAGGAUUACCCCACGUGGCUGCAGCUUCGCGACCUCGAGCUGCGUCUGGGCGAGCGCUACAUCACGCACGAGAGCGACGAUGCGCGCUGGCAGGAGUACGCGCGCGACCGCGACCUGCCCUUCCCCGUGCAUCUCCGCGACAGCCUCGGCGACUCGGCCGUGGCGGCCGCCCUCUCCUCCGCCCGCUGGAGCUGCGCCGUCUCCGCGGAGAGAGCGGCCCUCGCGGAAAACGGUCGCUUCCUUCCGGACGGCGGCGGCGGCGGCGACUGCUACCACCGGCUCGCGAAUAUCUCGAGCGACUCGGACAUCGUGAAGUGUCUGAGCAAGCGCGUCAACAGCCUAUGAUUGUGUUUCUUGUCCGAGCGCGCGUGUCAAUCCACUGCUGCUGGGUGGUGGGCCUUCUUUACGCCGUGUGGGUUGUUGGAGGGGUGUUUGACCGGACUUCACCGUGCUGGUCAAAUGUGUCUCCAUGGCUCAAGGUGCACAGCCCAGGAGUCUUUUUUUUUUGGUCAUCCCUUUCAAUGCCUUCUCAUGCCCUGUUUGAGAACAUUGCUAAAGUGGCUGUUUGGUAAAAGGCUGUGGUUGGUGAGAUGUUAGUGUUGGUAAAUUGCGUUCACGUACAGCCCUUGUGUCAGUCCGUUGAGGGAUGAGGGCCUCCACCGCACACCAUGCGGAUCGUGGGGUCCUUUGACCUAUUUCAAGCUGGUCCGUGAGAGUUUGUGAAGGUAGGGUGCAUAGGCGUUGCGGCAUUGUACAAUACAAUGGAUAUUGCUGCACUGCCUUCUGCUGACGCAGCCUAUUAACACUUGUUUUAUGCAUGGUGGUCGCCAAUCCAAGCGCUAUAUAAGCUCAAGUCUGCUUAGCUUCUGAGAUCUGAAAGAUCGUCAGCGUUGUGGGCGAAUCAAAUUUUAAAGAAAGUCAAUUCAAUCUGCACUAGCGAACUUUGGAUGGCCUUUGGCAACAGCAACCUUCAGCCUCCAGUGUAAAUUCCACAUUCCCAUGGCAGGGGUUAGUCUCCCAUACGACAGCGGUGCCACUGAACUUCUCACAAAGUAGGGACCGAAUCGGCCCCUCACCAGGAAUUGAACUCCCGACUUUCUGAUUGCGAUUCAAGCGCUCUUCUCACUUGCCUGGCUUUGAUACGAGUGCAACAAUAACAAUUUAAAUUCAUUCAGAAACUAAAAGCGAAUGGAUUUAGAGAUGCUUUACGCAUUUUUUUGGUUUAUCAAACCGCAUUAAGGUCAAAGAGGGGUGGGUGGACGACGAGGGGAUCCGUGCAGGAAAACAAAAGGAAAGGAGCAAGAGCAACGCAGUUGGCAUGGCCCAGGACCAAGCAACCAGGGCCCAGCUGGGACAGCCCGGACGAGAUGUUAACUCCCUCUCCUGGUAUACAGGAGGUCGCGGGUUCAAUCCCGACCCUGACGCCUGCUGUAUAUUGGGAGUUUGCAUGUUCUCCCCGUGGUCGCGUGGAUUUUCUCCAGGUCCUCCGGCGUUUCCCUCCACAUUUAGAAUCGACGCGCGUUUACAGCAGUGGCUCUUCUUAACCUGGGGUUGCACGCAUGCCUUUGGGGGUGCGUGAUGCCCUUUCUGGGGGUGUGAGACAUGCCAGAUUUUUUUAGAAGUUAAAUAAUUGAAACCCAAAUUAAGCACGGGCAUGUAAAUACAACUACUUUGUUUCACCAAACCUAUGUAUUU